GCACUAAAUUGUAGUUAUCUCAACGACGGAGUUAUCCGCAUGCCGUGAAAUCUUUCCUUUGAUAAGAGGAUGUUUACCUAUACAUGAAUAAAUUUAACUGAUAAAAAGUGUCACAUACAAAAAUGUUCAAAGUCUGAUCCAAACUUUAUAAGUAUGGUCUCUGAGAAGCUCUUUGGUUUGAUCAUUUUAACUGUGUUUCUUUUUUACAGUGCCUCUGCCAGUUCUGAUUCUGUCAGCUCAACACAAGAACGGAACUGUUCCAACUGCCAAACAGAAUGUAACAUAACAUCCGGGCACUGCGAUGGCUCCUGUUCUUUUGGUUUCUUUGGAGACGACUGUAACAAAACGUGCUCCCUAAACUGUUUUAGAUGUAACAGAACAACCGGUGAUUGUGAAUAUUGCAGAAAGGGGUAUUAUGGAGCAACUUGUCAAUCACAGUGUUCCACGAAUUGUCUCUAUGGUUGUAAUCAAACUGGAACGUGCUUUGGGUGCAUCAGUGGUUACUUUGGCCCGCAGUGCCAGAGUGCAUGCCCAGUAAAUUGUUCUUUUGGAUGCCACGGCGAAAAGGGUACAUGUGUCUACGGCUGCGCUGGCGGUUUGUGGGGUGACUUCUGCAACAGCACUUGUUCUAGCAACUGUGAGUCUUCCUCUUGUCACCAAGGAGACGGCUCGUGCUGGACAUGUAAGUCCGGAUUCGGCGGAAGGUGGUGUUCGACCAAUUGCGCUGACGAACAUUGUGAUCUCUGCAGCUUUGACGUCACUUCCUGCAGUCGAUGUAAAAAUGGUUGGUAUGGGUCUCACUGUGAAAAGAAUUGCCCGGAGUCACACUGCAGUUCAGAGACUUGUAACAAAAUCACAGGAAAAUGCGAUUCUUGUAAGAGUGGUUGGUUUGGCGAAUACUGUGAAAAGAAGUGUAUAGAUAACUGUGAUAAGUGCUCCGAAACCACCACGUGCGAGAAAUGCAAAACUGGUUUUUACGGAUAUUUUUGCCAAAACCAAUGCCCAACAGGAUGUCGAGAUUGUGAUAGAGAUGGGGCAUGUAGAGCAUGCGAGAACGGCUUCAAAGGUAGAGACUGUAAGUGUCAGAUCUCCGAGUGUAUGAAUGUAACAAACCACAAGUGUAGUCAGUGUAAAAACGACACUUCUUGGUAUCUGUUUGAAGAUGCGUGUUGUCCUUGCAGUGACCAUUGUAACUAUACAGUAGGCGAAGACAUCUGUCAACCCGAAAAUGGAAAAUGUCUCCAUGGUUGUGAUAAUGGCUAUUUCGGGGAUCAAUGUUUGGAUACGUGUAGCGAGAACUGCGCUCCGGGAAACCAUUCAACCUGCAGUAACUCAACAACGGACUGUCAAAAUGGAUGCCUUCCUGGUUGGUUCAUGCCAAACUGCGAAUUCAACUGCUCUAAUAACUUCCCGCAUUGUGAGGAGUGCAAGGAGUAUAACUAUUCCCCCAGCGACCACUUUGUGCAGUGCUACAAAUGCGGGCCAGGAUACUACCGAGACUAUCAGACCGGUUUCUGUAAACCUUGUUACAACUGUUUGAACGACUCUUGCGAUGGUAUUUCCGGGAUGUGCACUUACGGCUGCCAGAAAGGCUGGUACUCUUUGUACGGCGUCCAUUACCAAUGCCAAUUUCGCUGCGGAGAAAACUGUCUCGAAAAGACGUGUAACAGCUCAAAUGGACACUGUACAAAUGGCUGUAACCGGGGUUACUACGGAACGUUCUGUCAGACAGGAUGUCCAGAAAAUUGCGUAAACAGUACAUGCGAUAUUGAUACGGGGGACUGUGAGAGCGGAUGCAGGCCCGGCACAUACGGGUAUCAUUGUCUAAGUACCUGUGUACCCUCCUGUGGGGACACAGGCUGUGGCGAUGUGUCUGGGAGGUGCAUUAAAUGCAAGCCUGGUCGGUAUGGGGUGGAGUGUGAUCAGGAAUGUCCCGGAUGUUACCUCGGAGAUUGUGACCGCGUCAGCGGAGAAUGCAGACGACACAAAUGCCGCCCUAACUUCUAUGGACGCUUCUGUAAUACAACGUGUGUUGAAAACUGCGUGAUAUGUGACGAACCGACCGGACAUUGCAAAGAGUGUGACACUAAUCUAACCGGAAGUAAAUGUGACAAACCCUGCGGGGAACACUGUCGUCAUGGUAAAUGCAUUCACGGGGCAUGCGCCGAUGGAUGCGAGGCUGGAUAUUUUGGGGGACUGUGUUCGAACGUUUGUAAUUCUACGUGUAUUUCCCAUAUCUGUGACACUGGAACUGGCAUAUGUACAAAGGGCUGUGAGGUCGGCUGGGAGGGUGUGUUCUGUGAAGUUAACGUGGCCUCUACAUCCAAGUCGACUUCGGCGGACGAGUCCAAAUACUCCACAGGGGAGCUGAUUCUGAUAGUGCUGGGAUCUAUAGCAGGGUUUAUCAUUAUAAUAGUCCUUGGCUGUUUGCUUCACUGUCACAGAAGAGGACGCAAAAUGGGAUGCUACUCGAGGUACGAAGAAGGUGUGAGCAGAAUUUUUGCCAAAUAUGGCGUCUUUGUAUCAAAAUAUCCCUGGCAAAUUUUGAUACUCGCCUUAUUAACGAAUAUACUUCUUGGAAUCGGGUUGAUGCGGUUGGAAAGCGAAGGCAGCACAGAAGUGCUUUAUACACCUAUGCACAGCCAAGCAAGCAAAGACCGGGAAAAGGCGAGAGGGCUAUUUGAACUAAAUUAUGAAGAAAAUUUCGACCCUCUGUCUCAAAUAGAGAUAAGCAUGCCAGUUGAAGUAAUAGUGCGGACAAAAUCUGGUGAUAAUAUUCUUCAGAACAUGUACUACGAUGAAAUAAAAGCGAUUGAUACCCAUGUCCGUAAAAACAUUACUGUUCAACAAAACGUCGCUCUGUUUGGUAUUUGUGCUAAAUUUCAAGGUUCAUGUGUGGUAUCUGGAGAAAGCGUUACCUCCAAUCAAUUUCUAGAUGCACUCAACGAAGGACGGGUCACUUUUCCUGUACAUAACAGACGGGAUAUUUCAGAAAACCUUGGGAAUGUUCAGUACAUAAAUAAGACUCUGAAAUCUGCGACAGUUGUCCGCCUCAAGUACUAUCUUCUACUCAACAAUGACACCGCUGCCGCAUGGGAGAGAGAGUUCAUAGACCAAAUGAAAAACUACCAUUCCUCUUUACUAGAUAUCGCUAUCUCAACAUCACAAUCCUUAGAUAUCGAGCUCGAUGGUAAUGUAUCUGGAGAUAUCUUAUGGAUAUCGCUCACAUUUACCAUCAUGCUUACCUAUGCUUCUCUCGCAACAACAGGCAGCCGCAUCAACUGUAUUGCGGACCGCUCGAACCUGGGACGAGCGGGCGUUCUGGCCACGGUGCUGGCCAUUCUGGGCUCCUUUGGGUUAACCUCGGUCACUGGACUGAAAUACGUGGCUCUGGUCGGGGUAAUGCCCUUCCUUAUUGUCGGUAUUGGAUUAGAUGACGUCUUCAUCCUCCUGUCGGGGCUGGCUGACGCACCUCUCAGGAGAGCCGACGGAACUCCGACUAACACCCAGGAACGGAUAUCAUUUGCCAUGGCAACCAGCGGCGUGUCCAUUACCAUCACAUCUCUAACGGAUUUCCUUGCCUUCGGAAUCGGCUCAAGUUCCAGCUUUGUCGCUAUAAGAAACUUCUCAAUAUAUACAGGUGUGGCCGUCUUGUUUUGUUACCUGAAUCAGCUGACGGUUUUUGUGCCUUGCAUGGUCAUCAACGAGAAGAGGGCCGAGAACUCACUCCAUGCGUACACCUGUCUGAAAACUAAAUCCAAAGAUGAGCUCAAAAAUGAAGGCAGGUCUGGUGUUUUUCAGGUUUGUUGUGCUGGAAGCCCUGCUAAGAACAACAGUGAAUUCGACAACUUUUGCCAAAAGUACCCUACUAAAUUCUGCCAAUUCCUGGUCGGUAACUUGGUAGGGAAGGUUUUCAUUGCUCUGACCUUUGUUGUAUAUCUGGGUUUCUCUGUCUAUGGAUCAAUUAAUCUGCAGGAAGGCUUGGAGUUAAAGAAUCUUGUGUCUGACAAAUCCUAUCUGUACAAAUUCAAUCUUUGGAAUAACCUCUAUUUCGACAGGAAGUCACUAGUGACUUUCUUUUACGACCUACCCUUAGAAUAUCAUACUCAAGACACCCAGAAUGAAAUAUCUGCCCUUGCUCAAAAGAUAAAAGCCCACGCCUACAUUUCUUCUGAUUUUGAGAGAAAUUGGUUAAACGCAUAUUCGCAAUCUACUCUUUUCAACAGUUCUUCAGAAUUAGCUUUCAUAGGUGGGCUUAAAGAGUUUCUAAAAUACCGACCAGAUCUUGCCAACGACAUCGCAUUUGACAGUUCGGGAACAACGAUCAUCGCUUCAAGGUUCCACUUUAUGUCGAAACCAAUGUUUACAACAACAGAAGAAGGGGAGUUUAUGCAAAGCAUGAGGAAACUGGCGUACGAGUCCAAAUUUUCGGUAUUUGCAUACACCCCACCUUUCAUAUUCUAUGAACAGUACGUGGAGGUCUUUCCCGCCACCAUGCAGACUCUUGGGAUAGCUGUGGGCGUGAUGUUGGUGGUGACCACAAUCUUCAUGCCCAAUGUGUUCCUCGUUGUCAUGGUAACCGUCACUCUAGUCAUCAUUUUGCUGGGCAUUGUGGGUUUUAUGUACUACUGGAAUUUAACCUUAAGCUCCAUCACCAUGAUAGACUUAAUCAUGACGGUAGGGUUCUCUGUUGAUUUUAGCGCACACAUCUGUCAUGCUUACAUGUCGGUCACGGGGAAAACACGGGGUGAGAAGGUUCACCAUGCCCUCAGCCGAUCGGGGGGACCUAUCUUUAAUUCUGCUUUGUCGUCUAUAUUAGGUAUCAUCGUUUUGGUAUUUUCCAAAAGCUACAUCUUUCUGUCCUUUUUUAAGCUCAUGCUCAUUGUGAUGUUAUUCGGUCUGUUCCAUGCCCUUUGGGUCCUGCCUAUGUUCUUGUCUCUGAUUGGUCCAAUGGUGAACGCCGAAGUAGGGGAAAAUAUUGAAGGAAAUAAAGAGCCCGAACAAAGCACCAAAGACGUGCCACUUAAAGGGCUUGAAGAAGGGAUGGGUAAUGAAAAAGACCAUAUGGAAAAUUCAGAUGCUUUGAAACAGACGUCUGAUACAGAGAGUCGUCAAAAUCUUCUGUGCAUAACAAAUGAGGACCAGUUCACCCCACCUCCCUUGCUCGGCACUCAAAAGUCAUCGGCAGGAGCAGACGAAAGUUAAAAAUCAUCGACAGGAGCAGACAUUAAGCAACCAGCCAUGAAGUCAAUUCUCACAACGUGUGUCUUGUUGCUUUUCAUGGAAUCCGUCCUUCCAUUUCCCUCACAAGGUCUUGGGGGCUACGCCUGUAUGGACCAGCAGAUUGGUGACGACCAGUGCUCCUUCUACAGCAGCCUUUAUGACGUCAUGGAGGCCGAGCUGUUCUGUGAUCACUGGGGGUCCCGAUGCUGCCUGUCCUGUGUGAUGAUGAGGAUGAAACAAGCUCAAAAGGCCAAGGAAACGAAAUCCCACGGAAAAGAUCAAGAAGAUGAAAUUGAGAGCACUCCUUUAGCAUUCUCCACACCAGUCACAGGGAAGCGAAGAGGAAGGCCACCCAAAACUGCUACCAGUGUAAAGACGCCAGAUGUCAAGAGCUAUCCUAAAAGAAACAGAAGAGCCCCAAUCAAGUUUGAAGAGAAUGAAGAGAGAGACGAAGAGUGUAGUUUUACAAUGGACACAUCUCAUACAGCCUCCAUAGCAAGUGAAACCUCUUUAAUUAUUACGAAGAACUCCACAAAUGAUGGAGAACAGCUAGAACAAGUUCCAAAGUCAGGGCGCAAAAGAGGUAGAGCCAAAAAAAGCUUGGAAGACUCUGUUGAAGAAGUUACCACUCCAAAGAGAAAAAGGGGAAAAUGUGCAGCAACUGAAGAAGUAGGAGAUGAUUCAGUGUCUGAUAAAAAAGCCUCAAAAGCUAGAAGAGGAAGACAAAAAUCAAAGAAAGACAAUGAUGUAAGUGAUGAUUCUGCAGUUGAGGAUGACACAGGUGGGAGUAAAACAGGGAGAAAAUCACGGUCGCAAGAUGUUUCUAGGCGGGUAAUAUCAGCCUCCAAAAAUACAAGUACCAGCAGCAAAGGUUCUAGUAAAGUACAAGAGACAUCACAGAUUCUAACCUCAGACAAUGAGUUUGUAGACGAUAGUGAUAAGGAUGUAACUCCUGCAAGAAAAGGGAGGAAAUCAAAGAAGACAGAGCUAGAUGCAGAAGGAGAAGCAACUUGCCUUCGUUGUCAAGAAAAAUUGCCAAACCUGAUCAGUUUGAAAAACCAUUUGAUGAGGAAACACUCUGCUAUUUACAGUGCCAAAUGUCCAGAGGGAAAAGAUGAUAGAACUGCUGUAAAGCAAAUUCUGAAGAUCCGUAAAGUUCUGUAUUGUCCUAAGUGUGACAAAGAGCUGCGAAACAUUCAGUAUUAUUACAAGCAUUAUGAGUGGUGCGGAAGAGAGAGUGAGACUUACACUUGCACUGUGUGUAGUAGGGAGUGCAUGAAGAUGCACGAGGUCGAGCACUAUCGUAACCACAAACUUCAGGAGAAGAAAAAGAAGGAGAAGGAGGAAUUACGUGAGCGGCAGGAGUUAGAGAAGAAGAAACGGGAAGAAGAAAAUAAAGCAGAAGACGGGACACCAGGCCGGCGAGUUAGGAAGGCUGCCAAAAAGGCAGUCAAUGUGCUUAAAGAUAUUUCCAUCAGUGGUGAUGCCUUUGGAGAAGAUGAUGAUAACAAUGAUGACCCAGAUUUGAAGCUGGAUGUGGAAGAAGAUGAUGAAGAUGACCAGGAUGACGAUCUAGAAGAAGAUGUCAGCGAUGAGUCUGCUUUAAGUGAUCCUGAUGCUGAGGGGGAUUCUGAGGAAGAGGAGAAGGGAAAGAAAGCAAGAACAGCAACUCCAAGGAAAAACAUUUUGGGAGCAGAUGUCUACACAGAAGUCUAUAUGCAUUGUCUGAAGAACUUCCUAAAGAGGUGUGAAUUGAUUGACAGUAUGCCUGAUGUGUUCCCAGAAAUCAAACCCCCGAAGUCCCAGUGGAGGCCCCAGGAUGCAAAGGAGACAGAAGAUUUUUUACCAACUACAACAGAGAGUUUAAGAUUCCAAAUCGUGUCGCCAGGAAAAAAGACAAAUCCUAUCCAGAGGUUGAAGAGAUUUGAAGCAAAGUUCAUUGAUGAGACAUACAACUUCUUUGCUGGUGGUCCUGUAUGGGGGCUUGCCUGGUGCCCAGUGCCUUACAAUGUCCAAAGUGACCAGUUCCUGGCAAUCAGCUGCCACAGAGGGAUGAACGAAAAGCAUGAGACAAGGAACCCCUUCACGGGCAAGGGAUCAAUUCAGUUGUGGAAUGUGGGGAAACUGAACUCCAAUCUCCCAGAAGAGUCCUUAAAAAAACCCCAUCUUCCCUUUGUGGAGUUUUGCAUCUCCCAUGUCUUUGGUGUGAUUUAUCAGUUGUGCUGGUGUCCAAGUAAUGCCUGGGAAAACAACAAUGACCAGGAUAAGGCUUCAGAAUUGCUGCCAAGACUUGGACUGUUAGCAGGUGCCUUCUCUGAUGGAAAUGUCCACAUCUACAGUGUGCCACAUCCAUCCAGUCUGAGCACAGAUAAACCAACUGACACACCAACCUCGUUCAAACCAAGCCCAGCAUUUUCCCUGAUUCCUUUUUCUACAUCCAAGCAAGACAAAGUUGUUCCAUGUUUGUGCGUGGACUGGCAACCGAAGUCUUGUCAGUUUAUUGGAGCGGGCUAUGGAGAUGGAACGCUCAGAGUAUGGGAUUUGAAAUCACAGUCUAGUCUGCUCAAGAUAACGACCACUCCAACCAUCACUCUCCUUCCAUUUCACAGUACUAUAGCUCACUUUGAUUCCAUUAUGGCGUUCCGAUGGUCCCCUCAUGUGACAGAUAAAUUUGCCACAAGCAGCCGGGAUAGGACCUUUGCUGUGUGGAAUCUGAAAAAUCGACAUUUUCCCAUGUAUAGAUCCCCGGCCCAGAUGUCAACUUCAAUUUUUUGGUUGGCUUUCAACUUUUGCAUUCUUCAGGGGAUGGAUGACUGUUAUACACAUUUGGAAGCUUAUGUGAGAGCAGAAUCAUAUGAUCACGUCCAGGGCGAUGAAAUUAGUCUCUCCGACCCAGUGGUAGCAAUUACCGACUGUAUUUGGGGCUUAACAGGUUCAAACUAUCUGAUGGUUAUUUUAACCAGUAAUAAUGCAGGAAUUGUAAGUGGCUCUAUCAUGCCACGUCUCAAGAGAGAGGAAGCCAAGCGGUUCCACCGUAGACCUGUAGUUGUGUAUGAAACAGCAGUGCAUGAAUUUGAUUUCCAAAAUGAACCAGACAUGAAUGCUAUAACAAAUAAACCAAAAAAGACUAAAAAAGCUGAAACAGCUGUGUUUACAUCCUAUGAAAGUGGCAAGGAUUCGGUGUUUUUGGAAUACAGAGAAUAUGACCAAUCAAAGACAAAAAGAAAGCUACCUCUGCUGUCCGUACCAGCUGACGAUAUAAGGAGCAUUCCAUUCCGAGCCAUAUACAGGACCGAGAUGUGCCCAAACAUUCAGAGCUGUACAUGGGUGGCCUCAGGGGGACAGGCCGGAAUUGUGAGGGUCCACAGUGUCGCCUCUCAACUCCUCCCAACUACAGCCAAGGAUCUGAAAGAAGCGCUCAGUUCCUUGAAAUUCAAUAAAAAGCGAUAGGAUAAA